UACCUGCCGCUGCCUUGCAGACCUUCAUUCCAGCUAGCCCCCGAAGCCCCCCACCCAGCAAUUUGCAACUUCCUUUAAAAGCCAGGAUCAGGAUAGGCCAGGUGAUGUCCGAUGCGAUGAGCUUAUUGUUGCACGCGACUGGGCUUAAAUAUUCAAGAGAGCUGCAGCACUCGCGUCUGUUUUCUUGCCUGAUUGUUGCUUGUUCUCCGAUGGGGGGAAGGACUGGCCCUCUGCACCCAGCGGCACACUCCUCACGCGUUUCCUCAAUCACUGCCAUUCCCUCAUUCUUUUGGAAGCUCCCCAAGUGUGCCGAUAUGAUGUGGUUAGUUCAAGCAGUACAGAGGCGUGCCAGCUUCAUUGUAGUCCACUACGCUUGGAUCAUCGUCUGCAGCCUCAUGGGCCUAGUUGUCCUUGCGCCAGAAGGUAACAUGGCCGCUGUCGAUGCCUACUUCUUUGGCGCAAGUGCCUCAACAGAGUCUGGCUUGAACACUGUUGAUGUCAAAGAACUGCGCACCUACGAACAGGUCUUCCUCUAUGUCGUCCCUACUAUCACCAACCUCGGCAUCAUCAAUGUCAUGGUUGUUAUUGUGAGGAUACUGUGGUUUAAGAGAAAGUUCCGCGCAGCUUCUCUCACGCUGAUCCGGGCCGAACCGAAGGGUGUCGUCUUCGCACUUCGACGCACGGGCGACGGCAUUGAGGCCCAAAAUCAAGCUGUGCCGGCUUCAGAGGCGCGUAACAACGCAACAGGCGAGAUGGAUGUGUCGAUAAUGCGCAGUAAUCCGUCGCAGGAUCUCACUGUGCAAGUCGAGUCUUUGGAAGUUGAUGGGACUGCCAACGGGACAGGCUUUCAAAGACAAGCAGCCACAUCGAAUGAUGCUCAUCAUGUGCUCUAUAACUCGCCUCCUCAUGAGCGCGAUGAUGGACGAUCAUUCGUGGAAACAGACUUCCAUGGUAACGGUCCUCUGACUGGACAGGACCUGGAGAACGAGUAUGACAGCGAGGAGAUCAAGCAAGUACGACAAAUCUACAAAGGGGAACCUUCAGAGCCUACGUACCAAUUGAGCAGUCACAGUCGGAAUCAUCGACUGUCCAAAGAAAAGUCAAUCGAGAAUGUUGCCGGUUCCAUGUUUGUGCAAGGCUCUCGACCCAAGGAGGGCAGGCGAUCCGAUGCCUCGCAAUUCCCAAGACCCAACGAUCUGCCGGGGCUAUCCAAGCAGGUCACCAUUGGGCGCAGCUCCAAAUUCUACGACUUGAGUGAAGAGGACGAGGAAAGGCUUGGUGGCAUCGAGUAUGUCGCACUCAAACUACUGCUGAAGGUUGUUAUUGGAUAUUAUAUUGGUUUGCAUCUUAUUGGUGUCAUAGGUCUGGUGCCGUGGAUCCAUACCGCGCCGGAUCAAUACAGGGAGUUCUUGGUCGAAUGUGGCCAAGACUGGACUUGGUGGGCUAUUUAUUCAACCCAGACCAUGGUCAACAACCUGGGUUUCACCUUGACUCCUGACUCAAUGAUCUCAUUUCGGGAUGCUACAUGGCCUAUGCUCCUCAUGACGUUCUUGGCAUUCGCUGGCAACACCUUGUACCCCGUGAUGCUUCGCUUCUGCAUCUGGGUAAUGUACAAAACCACUUCAUCGAAGUCGCCCACCAAGGCCACGCUCAAGUUCCUCCUUGACCAUCCUCGUCGAUGUUACACCCUUCUGUUUCCAAGUCGUCCUACAUGGAUCCUCUUCGGUAUCAUCGCUGCCCUCAACAUUGUCGAUGUGAUUCUUAUCAUCGUUCUGGACCUUGACAACCCCACCAUCACAGACCUCCCGAUGGGCCCCCGGAUUCUUGCGGCGCUUUUUCAGGCCGCGUCGUCCCGCCACACGGGCACAUCUACCAUGAACCUGGCCGAGAUAAACCCUGCUGUGCAGUUCAGCCUCGUCGUCAUAAUGUACAUUGCCAUCUUGCCCAUAGCCAUCAGCAUCCGUGCGUCGAACACGUACGAGGAACAGUCCCUGGGCAUCUACGCCGUUGAGCACCAAGCUCUCGAUGAGACCCGCACUUCGAGCUACUUCAUGAUGCACGUCCGCAACCAGCUCAGCUUCGACCUCUGGUACAUCUUUCUCGGUACAUUUUGUCUCUGCAUCGCUGAGUCUGGGAGGAUCGCUGAUAAUUCAGAACCGGCUUUCUCCGUCUUCUCCAUCUUCUUCGAAGUAGUGUCCGCAUAUGGCAACGUCGGGCUCUCCCUCGGCCACCCCAGCGUUUCGACCUCUCUCUGCGGCCUCUUCGGUGUCUUCGGCAAGCUCGUCAUCUGCGCAAUGAUGAUUCGCGGAAGGCACCGCUGUCUGCCAUAUAGCAUCGACCGGGCCAUCAUGCUGCCGGGUGAGGCGCCACUUGUGAACAGAGAGCGGACCGGGGAUGGACAGAUGUCGGUGCGUCGCUCCUCGCUCGGCUCGUCCAGGAUGUCAUCACGCAGGGUCCCUGCCGCUGCCGAGGCCUUCGCACACCCGCGUCCGGAAAAGGUUAAGGCGCCGUGAAGGCACAUGAUGUAAUAUUGUGAUGUCGAGCGUCUGCUUCACACCUAGGGAGGAAAAUGACCGGCGUGGAGUGUACGUGAGCAUGGAGCUACAAAUAUUGUGUCAUCUCCACUCUACACA